UAAUGUAGUACUGAUUUAUGUACAUAAUAAUCUCUUUCCUGUUGAAAGCCCACAAUUCUGUUGUUAGGAUUUUCCUGAACAGAGUAUUAUUACAAUAUUUUACUGAUCCUUGUGUCUCUAUAGUGGUUUCCACUUGUCUUUAGAUAUCUUUUUGAAAUUUUAUUAGCUCUGGGCCUUGUGCAAAUAUGCACUGAAGUUAUUCUUUUGGCAUUUUACUAUCUUAGCUUACAGUGAUGAUAUUUUAAAAUAUUAGAUGUAGUAUUCCAUAAGAAACUUAUUCGAUCUGAAUAUUGCUCAAUGUUUUAAAUGCUUCAAAUGACAGGAAGCAUGGUAGUAUAAUUUAUGAAGCAAUAGCCGCACACGCGCGUGAACAUACAGUAAGCAGACGCGCGUGAGUUUGCCCGUUACCAGCUGACUAACUUCUGCUCUGGGUUCGCGUUCGUGAGAAGCGAAAGGGAAGCGGUUAAAUCCUGGAAGAAAAGUUUAGUCUGGUUCCCUUAAAAGCAAUGGAGGAAGUUUUUAGUAAGUCAUGCGGCUCCACGGGCUUGACUCGGUGUUUUAAAUGUCAUUUGGCUUUCGGGGAUAAUAACGCGAAGAGGUAAUAUCUAAAACGAACAACAUGAUGGACUAGUCUGCUGGUCGGAAGCCUUUUUGCAAACACUGUAGCGCGUUUGAGCCGUAUCCACGAUCAUCUGUGGCUCAUAGCCGCACUAAACGAUGGCAGACGGAAAUCACACAGUUGUUUACUUGUCUGAACAGGUGGUCGUGCUGUUUUCGUGCGCGCUGUCGUUCCUGGGCUCUUCUCUGAUUAUCCUCACUUACAUUAUUUGGCCAGACUUGAGGACGACCCCGCGGAAGCUGCUGGUCUACCUCUCGGUGUCAGACUGGCUGUCCGCCGUCUCCUACGCCUUUGGGGUUUGGAAAGUUUUCCACGCCGACUCGCCGGACUGCGUCGCCCAAGGAGCGAUAUCCACUUUUGCCAACACCAGCUCUUUUUUCUGGACCGUGGCCAUUGCCGUUUACUUGUAUGUUUUUAUCGUGAGGUCCAGCCAAAGAGUCGCUGACAGCCUGGUUUUGAGUUUCCACCUUGUCAGCUGGGGUGUUCCUCUGGUCAUCACUGUUACAGCUGUGUGCCUCAACAAGAUUGGCUAUGAUGCAUCAGAGGUGUCGGUGGGCUGGUGCUGGGUCAGGAUCGACGCUCCUGACAAGGUCCUGUGGAUGCUGCUGACUGGAAAGAUUUGGGAGUUCCUGGCCUAUAUCACUCUCCCUGUCCUCUACAUCCUGAUCAAGAGACACAUCCACAAAGCUCAUGCCGCCCUGUCGGAGUACCGUCCCAUUUUGGCCAACAGGCCUUUGUCCCACUCUUCCUCCUUCAUGGCUGAUGUGAAGCUAACGCUCAUUCCCAUCAUCUUCAUCAUCCUGCGCAUUUGGAGCACAGUGCGCUUCAUACUGCUGCUAGCCAACUCUCCAGCCAGACAGAACCCAGUGCUGGUCACUCUGCAUGGCAUUGGCAACACCUCUCAGGGAGCAGCCAACUGCAUCAUGUUUGUGUUGUUUACUCAGCCAAUUCGCACACGCCUCUCCGACGCGCUCUGCUGCUGCUCCAAGUGUCGAGCAGAGGUGCAGCGCUCGCAUGACCCCUCUCACAGGCUGCUGCCAGGAGAGGACGCCUUGACACAGAGAGAAGACGACAGCACCGGCCGGACCCGGGAUGACACAUGAUACUUGACUUUGUGGAUCAGAAGAUGGUGAAACACAAAGGCAGUGGUGGACGGUCUCUACUUCACACUGAACCUCACUGGAGCAAGUGCCGGCAGAGAGGGUUGGAGAGGCUGCAGGUGCAUGCACAUCUGUGUCACAGGCACAGUCACACAUCUGCACUUUGGGUGAUUAAGAUUAGGCUGCCUUACUAUAAACUGGCAUUGGGUGGAGUAUUUUGAAUGAUGACAAACUGUACAUGUACAGUACAUCAUUUUUGGUUUGUAUGGGUUUGCUGUACAUCAAUCUUUAAAGUGCCAUUUGUUCUUUGUACAUUUUCUGUUUGCAGUUAUGAAAAGUGGUACACUCUGCAGGAUGGCUUAACUUUAUUUAUGAUAUACUCUAUGGGCUCACAGUUUAUGAGUGUAAAGUUAAAGAAUAAGGUGAGUCCGUUGAUAUAUUAAUAGUAUUUUCAGCAAUCUCCAUACGGAGUCUAAAACCAACAGUGAAUUACUUCUG